AUGCUCUGGACAUUUUCCUCCCUCUUCUUCUACUCCUUUCCAAGCACUUAUAGUUUCUCUCGUUAUUCUCUUUUUCCAAUCUGUUCUUGUUCUUUAAUUUAUUUCUCUUCUUACAUUCUCUUUCUGCUUUUCUUUUACUCUCUUUUUCUAUUCUCACAUGCUUUGCUUUCCAUUUUUACUUUUCCAUUUUUCUCUCUUUUCACUCAGUCUUUUUUGCUCUCUCUCUUCAUUUGGUCUUUUUUGCUCUCUCUCUUCACUUGGUCUUUUUUGCUCUCUCUCUCUCUCUCUCUCUCUCUCUCCACUCGGUCUUUUUUGCUCUCUCUCUCUCUCUCCACUCGGUCUUUUUUGCUCUCUCUCCACUCGGUCUUUUUUGCUCUCUCUUCACUCGGUCUUUUUUGCUCUCUCUUCACUCGGUCUUUUUUGCUCUCUCUCCACUCGGUCUUUUUUGCUCUCUCUCCACUCGGUCUUUUUUGCUCUCUCUCUCUCUCUUCACUCGGUCUUUUUUUCGCUCUCUCUCUCUCUCUCUCUCUUCACUCGGUCUUUUUUGCUCUCUCUCUCUCUCUCUCUUUCUCUCUCUUUCACUCGGUCUUUUUGCUCUCUCUCUCUUCACUCGGUCUUUUUGCUCUCUCUCCACUCGGUCUUUUGCUCUCUCUCCACUCGGUCUUUUUGCUCUCUCUCCACUCUCUUUUUUGCUCUCUCCACCUCGGUCUUUUUUGCUCUCUCUCACUCUCUCUCUCUUCACUCAGUCUUUUUUGCUCUCUCUCACUCUCUCUCUCUUCACUCGGUCUUUUUUGCUCUCUCUCUCUCUCUCUCCACUCGGUCUUUUGUGCUCUCUUUCUCUCUCCCUUCACACUUUUUAAUUUUGGUUCUCUUUGUCACCUCCCACCCUCUUUGUCUUUUCUCAAUGUUUCUCUAAACUUUGUCAUUCUCUUUUCAAGCCUUCUUCUUCUCUUCUCUCUCUGUCUAUUCUUGCUUCCUCGCUUUAUCUUCUUGUGUUCUCUCCUUUUCUUCUUCCUCUCUUUUUCCUUUUUGUAUUCUCUCUAUUUUUUGAACUCCCUUUUCUUUACACCCUACUACUUCUUUCUUUCUGUCUCUCUUACUUCUCUUCUUUAA